CAGCCCAUGGUAAACAAUAGCAAUCCGAUUUCCGAUGAAAUCAGUUUGGCGGUGUUUCUAGAGAAAAUAGGCAUUGAAAGUGAGCUUUGACGAUGGACGAGAAUUCAAGCAGCGAACCACCGACGGCGAAAGAGCCGGAAACCGAGCACACCAACGACAGCGAUGUAGAAUUUGUGGAAACAAACGUGUCGGUAGUUUGUAUCGAUGACGAUAAUGUAGAAAUGACGAACGAUCAAACGAACAGCACCGUCCCGCUCGUAACGAUUCAGUUCAAAGCGCCGGAAGUGUACCAGAAGCUGCAGAAAGCUAUAUCGGCCGCUUUGCAGGCAGUGCUGGACGAGCAUCUACCGAACCAACCGGUUAAGAUAGAGCCGGGAAAAGAUGGCUGCUCGGUGGAGAUAAACGAAGCGCCGGACGUGUUGGAAGACGUCGGUUCGCUGUUCGUCAUUGACUCCACGCCCAUGAAGAACAAAAAGAACGAUGGUCCGAUACCGAGCUACAGGAAAUCGGUGAACAAAGUGUACGACGGCCAGACACCACCACCAUCCGCUUCCAGCUCACAGUUGAAGCGGCCGAAAGCGAAGCAAACCUGCUGGAACUGUGAGGGCAGCCACGCACUGAAGGACUGCAAGCAGCCACGCAAUUACGUGCGCAUCCGGCAGAAGAAGGAAGAGUUUCAGAAAAAGUGUGAACGGUACCAUGCCGACCUGGAACAAAAGUACGGUCACAUCAGGCCGGGUCAUUUAAGUCUCGAGCUGCGGAACGCUCUCGGUCUGGGGCCUCGCGAUCUUCCGCUGCACGUGUACAAGAUGCGCUUGUUCGGCUACCCGCCCGGAUGGCUUGAGGAUGCGAAGAUAACCCAUUCCGGGUUGCAGCUGUUCGGCUCGAACGGUGACGCGGUGCAGCAUUCGGACGAAAGCGACGGCGAGGUUGACAAUGCACGGAUGAAGUACGAUGUGCGAAAGAUCAUCGAGUAUCCCGGGUUUAAUGAGCCACCGCCUUCUGCGAUGUUUGACGACUCGAAGUACUUCAAUGUACCGCCGUACUCGGAAGAUUUCAGCCGGGAGAGUAUGAUCCGCCAGCUGGAGGGCACGUUGGUGGGUGGCUACCGGCGAAAGAAGAUGAAGCUGGCGGUCGAACCGGAGGCGGAAAGUGCUGUCGAUCCGACGGCAAACACGGAAUUGGUCGAUAUGGAUGCGAUGGAGGGUAGUCCUGAGCCACCAUCAUCGGUUCCCAAAGCGCUCGAGGAGCUGGAGGAUGGUGAACUAUCUUCCGAUUCGGACACGAACAAUGAAACGGCCGUCGAAGAGCAGAGUGUUAUCUUGAUUGAGACACCUGUAGAAGUAAUCACGUUGAAUGACACACCGAUGGCCUUGCCGGAACCCGAUCCUCCAUCGCCUACCUUGGCAGAGUUACAGAAAAGACAAAAUCAGCUUAUGGAGCAGCUGGCUAACAGCUCUGUCGCAACUGAAGACUACUCGCUCAUCAGUGACAUUUCACUCGCUGAAAAGCUGUCGGAUAGUCAGGAACAAGUUGCUGGGCAAGCGGCCAACACUUCCGGAGCGACUGAAGACUGUUCGUUCAUGAAUGACGUGAUGCUAGCGGAAAAGCUAGCGGCUGAGGCUAAUCAGUCGACCGAAGUAACAGCGUCCACUUCGAUGCCUCCUCCAGCGCCUCCUCCAGCGCCACCUGUUGUAGCCGAUCCACCCCCACCGCCAGCACCACCCACUGCACCGGCACCAUCGAACGCUAGCCCACCGUCGGAAGCCGGUCCGUCCGAACGACCACCCGAACCGGAGUCAUUCGAUCUCGGCGAACUGGCGAUGAACAAGGUACCGUACAUCGACGAACCAGCCAGCAUGGGCCUGAAGCGAAUGUCGCUCGGCACACCGAUCCUGAGUGCGUUCACACCGUACAGCACGCUGCCAAGCGGUGAAGCCUUCUCCAAGGGUGUGAGCGAUGUGAUACAUUUCGAGAAUCUGCCCAACUCUACCGGCAAGUACCAGCAGAUGAAGUCGCUUCUGUCGGAAGUCCGACUGAAGAUGAUCGAUCAUUUGCGUGAGACGGAGGAUGGAAGUUAGGGAUGGAGAAGCACCAUUUAAUCCGAUGUUGGGCCAUUGGCAGCGGUUUUAUCAUGUAAGGACAGACAGAGGAAUAAUAGGUACGAGUUAUAUGAAUUAUGUAGAAAACAAUGUACAAAUCGCUGUACUGAGAUGAGGAUAUUUUUUUCAAUUUUUUGUUUCAAUUUUGACAUGAAUUUUCAAACACAGUUUUGAGUAUGAUUUGAAUUAACGUACGUUAAAUCGGGACGAUGUUUAUGAAUUUCUUUGCGGCUCGUUUUUGUUCACACAAUCAUUCACAUUAAAUGUGUCAUUUGGGUUUAUUAAGUAGGGUGCGUUAAUAAGACAACACGCACGAUGCUAUUUUUCUUGCGUUCGAACAGGCAGAACGAACAACGUACAAAUACAAAGCUAAGGCAGAUUUUCUAAUCCAAAUUUGACAAAAUGUGCAUUGUUCUAUUAGCGGUUUAGGCUCGAAGGAUUCAGAAUGCGUCUGUAUGAUUUGUAUUUUGCGGUAGCGAAUAGUUUAUGCAUUCGAAGCAGAGACAUGUUCUUUAUCUCUCUCAAGUAACAAACUUUGUGAAGGCCACCACAUGUACAGAGAAUAUAUGUAUGAUACGCCAUUCUAUCUUGUA